AUGGAGAAUUACCUGAAAGGCUCAACUCUCGGCGUCGGUACCUACGGAACCGUGAAUAUGGUCGAGUGUCGGAAAACAGGACAGGUUUUUGCUUUGAAGUACCAUAAGGAACUAGAUGAUGUAACCGUGAGAGAACUUUCCUGUCUCGCCGCACUUAGGGGUCACCCUCAUGUGAUCUAUAUGCACGAUUGUUUCAUUGCUGAUGGAAAGAUAGCUAUGCUCAUGUCCUACGUACCAUACACGUUGAGCGAAGCGAUUCACAACGGAUACGGUUGGAAGCUCUACUUACUCCACGCUCCUGAGGCGUACCAGUUGAUCCCAUUGAGUUUCAUGGCUCACUUUUCUGUACAGGUUGCCGAUGCUCUGGCUUACAUGCACAGACUGAAUAUGAUACACAGGGACCUGACACCCUUCAACGUGCUGCUGACAGAAGAUCUCACCGUUAAGGUGGCUGACAUGGGUUUAUCCAGACUGUCUUGCAAAUUGAUGACCCCAGAAGUGGUGACACAGCCUUACAGGGCCCCGGAAUUGUUUGUUGAAAACAAACAGUAUACCGCUACCGGAUAUACUUGUGCUAUAGACAUGUGGAGCCUGGGGGUAUUGAUAGUGGACGCCAUGGAAGGGAAGGCAGUGUUCUCUGCUGUCAAUGAAGGUGAGCAGGUAUCAACGUAUCAGAUCAUUCUAAGGACCCUAUGCCCUGAAGACCACCCAUGUGCCCCAACUACACGCCGGGACCCUGCGGCUAUAAUGCCCCAAACGAUGGAGUGUGACCUUGUGAAAAGGAUCGUCUUCCGACUGCUGGCUUUCUGUGAGAAUGAGAGACUUCUGGCUCACGAGCUACUGCAGGACAAAGAAUGGCUGCAGGUUGCUCAUAUGACUGAGGAAGACAAAAAUUUAGUUAGAGAGCGAAUUCAGCAACACAAAAAGAAAGCACAAAAAAGACUGUAA